AACGAGCUUCACUCAAAUUCAAGGUCACGCGGUAUGAGUUUCCAGAAAGUCGGGGGAUUCGAAAUUUUUGGCUGGUCGGUUGCCGGAAACGAGACCUGUGUUGCUGUACGUAAGAAUGGUCAAGUAUUCGGUUUUGAUGUUGGAUUUUCACCUAGACCACUCGUUUUUGCUGACCAUAUAUUUAUUAGAUCAUAUUGGAGCUAUUGCCCAGCAUAUGAAAAAGAGAGCCUUAAAUGAUCUAGGAACAGCGACGUAUUUCAUGCCAAAGCAUCUGGUCCCACAUGUGAAGACUAUUUGCGAUGCUUUCACUGACAUGUCUGAAAAAGUUGACUCAGACUUUGUUGGUACUUUUGUUCCCGUUGAACCAGGAAAUAAAUAUGAGUUAUCGAAUAAUUGGCAUGUUGUUGUUUUUUCAACUGAUCACUCGAUUACUAGUGUGGGUUAUUUACUUUAUUCUCGAGAUCCUACUGGCAAAGAAGUUCCGCAAAUAGCUUAUUUAGGUGAUUCUAGAUUUACUGUUAUUCGUGAAGCGAAUUCACUCUGCCCAGAUCUUUUAUCAUCUCGCUUAUUGAUAAUGGAGGCAACAUUUCUAGAUAAUCCAGAUCGUAAGAUUGAAAGCGCUAAAAGUCAUGGUCACACGCAUUUGGAUGAAAUUCGUCAGAAUGCUUCUUUGUUAAAGGAUCCUCAUGUACCAAGAUCUAAUGAAUAGCCGAAAACAAAUGGUAAAAGCAAUACUUACAUGGGAGUAUUUAGCGGCCUUGAUAACACCGAUCGAGAAGUCAAUCGGACGACAUUAGCGACUAUAGUAAGAGGCGAUCUCAGAGAAGAAUUAGUCAAGACUUUUAAAGCUGCUCAUCAAAGUAGGAUCUGUUGAUUAUAUCUAUCUAAUACACUUCUCAGAUCGUUACAGUUAUAAUGAUAUCAUCCGUCUUUGUCACAAAGAUAUGCCUAAUUGGUUAGUCAAUCGUAUUAUACCAUCUGUAACUGCUAAACAUUGUCUUGAAAGUAGAUGAUACUUAUAUUGAUAUUUCUUUUCUAUAGAUUUUUGUAAAUUUUAUGUAGUUUGUAUAAUUUACCAAUAAAAUAAA